CCUUCGACUGCUGGUUCUUGCGUUCCGGCAUGUCUUCUUACGCCUCCCGGUUGCUAAGCGGCGGCUGAAUUGAAAACGAGUCAGAGGCGCGAAAGAGCUGCGGGCCGGCGGGACUGGGAGGAGAAAAACCUGCCUACUGGUGUGGCUCUUUGGCGUCCUAAAUAGGAAGCCGGCUUCAGACGUUAUCAGCUGUGCUUGCUUCUUCUGGAGCGGAUAACGCCUUGAACCUGGCGUUUUUGGCUCGGUAGCCGCUGCCCCGAAUGAAAAUGGGCGCUAAGCCUGACCAGCUCCUCAUUGUGGUCUCGAUCUUGGAAGGACGUUAUUUCCCAAAACGUCCAAAGCGUAUGCUGGUGGUAGAAGCAAAGUUUGAUGGCGAACAUUUAGCUACAGAUCCUGUAGAACAUACUGAUCAACCAGAAUUUGCCACGGAGUUAGCUUGGGAACUUGACAGGAAAGCACUUCACCAACACAGAUUACAGCGUACACCUGUCAAGUUGCAGUGCUUUGCUUUGGAUUCUCUAUCUGCAGUUAAAGAGACAAUAGGUUAUAUUGUGCUAGAUUUAAGAACUGCUCAAGAGAAAAAGCAGCCACCAAAAUGGUAUCCUUUACUCAGCAACAAAUACACAAAAUUUAAGCCUGAAUUGCAACUAAAUCUGAUGUUAGAAACUGACACCAAAGCAUCCAUCGAUGGUUUUAAAGCAAGAGAAGCACCUCCCAGAGAAAUGGCAGUAUCUUUUCAGUUUCCUGGAUUGGACCCCAAAAAUCUUAUACCUGUUCUAAAUGAAGAGGAAGGAUAUCAUCAAAUUGGACCAGCAGAAUAUUGUCGUGAUUAUUUUGUUUUUUCAGUUACUAUUGCAUUUGCAACACAGUUAGAACAGUUAAUACCUACCACAGUGAAAAUUCCAGAGCGACAGCCUGAAUUCUUCUUUUACUAUUCACUACUUGGUAAUGAUGUUACCAAUGAACCAUUUACUGACCUGAUGAAUCCAAACUUUGAACCAGAAAGAGCAUCUGUUAGAAUACGCAGCAGCAUUGAAUUUCUGAGAGCUUAUUUUUUUGCUCACUCAAAGUUGCAGAUUCAUCUGUGCUGUGGAGACCAAUCUCUUGGAAGUACUGAAAUUCUUUUAACUAGCUUAUUAAAGAAAGGAAGUGUCGAAAUUUGCCAGCAUCCAGUAGCUAUAGAAGGAGCAUUUAUUCUUGUUCCACCUAACAGAGCUCGGCAAAAACUGCCACCCCUGCCUUUGGAUAUGGCACCCACUGUUGGGGUAUCGGUAUCACUUCAAAAGGAUGGCAGAGUUUGUCAGCCUAUAAUCCAACCAGCUGCAAAGGCUGAGACUGAAAAUGUGAAAAAAGAUUUGUCUCCAACACAUGAUAAAGAAGGGAGACCUGAAAAUGGCUCUCAAGAUAUCCUACUUCAGACACAACAUUCUCCUCCCAUUAAAGAGGAUGCUACAGAAAGUGAAGUAGAAAGUAUUCAGUAUGACAAAAAUCCAAAAUUAAAGAAAAAAGCUUUGAAAACUAAAAUGCCUGCUUCUCAGACUCAACAUCCCAGUACUUCUGAAUCCACUACAGGACAAAAAAUUGCUGUUCCUGCAUCAUCCCAUCAUUUUUGUUUUUCGGUAGAUUUAAGAGCUGUCCAUAAUCUGGAUGCUGGAUUUCCUGUUAAUUGUAUGUUAAGGUAUUCAUACCCAUUUUUUGGCAGUGCUGCACCCAUUAUGACAAAUCCUCCUGUGGAAGUAAGAAAAAACAUGGAAGUAUUUCUUCCACAAUCAUACUGUGCUUUUGAUUUUGCUACUAUGCCUCAUCAGCUUCAAGAUACCUUUUGCAGGUUACCAUUGCUGGUGGAACUGUGGCAUAAAGAUAAAACAACUAAAGACUUGCUUCUAGGAGUUGCAAGACUCCAACUUUCAAAAGUUUUGUCCAUGGAAAAAACACGUUUUCUAGGAGGAAAUGGCGAGCAGUGUUGGCGUCAGACCUUCAGUGAAACUAUUCCUUUUACAGCAGCACAAGGGCCAAGCAAUAAGAUUGCAGAUCUCUCCUAUAUAGUGACUCUAGAAGAUUUUGGACUUGUGAAAAUGCAUGAAGUUCUGGUGUCUGAUUCUCCUCGGUGUUUAGGUGCUGAUGAGUUACUAGGCGUUCCUAAAGUACAUCCUGAAGUCCAAACUGAACCAAGAGAAACUCUGGAAUAUAAAGCAGCACUUGAAUUAGAAAUGUGGAAGGAACUACAAGAAGAUCUUUUUGAGAAUCAGUUGAAGAAGAAGGAGUUGGCUCAUAUGCAGGCACUGGCAGAAGAGUGGAAAAAAAGGGAUAGAGAAAGAGAAGCCUUGGUAAAGAAAAAAGUUGCAGAGUAUACAGUUUUGGAAGAAAAACUUCAGAAAACUUUAACUGAUUUAGAAAAACGUGAAAAACAGCUGGUCAGUGCUGAAACUGAGCUCCAGCGGUUAAAGAAGGAACUCCAAGCAGAACAUGAACGAAAUCAGCAGGAAGUUCAAGAUACAAUACGGCGAGUCAGACAAGAAUGUGCACACCAGAUUGAACUGGAAAGGACAAGAAUUAGGCAAUUUGAAGAAGACAAGAUCCAUGCACAAGAACAACUACAUGAAGCAGAAAAUAAGCAUAAGGCUCUGGAGAAAGAAUUUCAGCAAUAUAAGGAGCAACAGAGUAACAGACCGGAAAUCCGACUGCAAUCAGAAAUAGGCAUUCUAACUUUAGAGAAGGGGGAUCUUGAAAGAAAGUUGGAAUCGGCUACUAAAGCAAAGCUACAUUAUAAGCAACAAUGGGCCCGAGCUUUGAAGGAACUAGCAAGGCUAAAACAGCGUGAGCAAGAGAAUGCUAUGGCUCGUCUUAAAAAGCAGCAACAAGAACUUGAACACAUGAGACUUCGGUACCUUGCAGCAGAAGAGAAAGAAUUAGGAAAGACACAACGGCAAGAGCUAGAGGAUAUCAGAAAUGAACUGAACAGAUUGAAACAAGAAGAAGAUAAGAAAAAGUCACAAGAUGGCCAAGAGUUAUUGGGAGUCCAACUGCAAAAUGCUCACACUGGAAAAGGAGAUGAGGCUUUGGAUGACUACCUUGCACGUCUAAUAGAGGAGAGGGAUACCUUGUUGAGAACAGGUGUAUAUAAUCAUGAAGAUCAUAUCGUAAGUGAGCUUGAUCGUCAAAUCAGUGAAGUGCUUAUAAAAAGAAAUAGAAGCAAGUAGCAGGACUCAGAGAAUUUGUUCGUGUGUGUGUGUGUGUACAUUUUUUACUUCCAAGAUUCAGAUUUUAGCAAAUGGUAGAUUGAAUUAAAUUUUGAUGGAUUUGUGGAUUUUCUGUCUCCCAAGACUUACUGCUGUAUCAGAACAUCACUGUACCACUUUUGAGAAAUGAGAUGAAGCAUUGACUACUUCAAUUGUUUUAUUAUUUUUAACCUAUUUAUUUAUGUCAAUUGGUCAGUAUUGCAAAAGCUUUUAUUUACACAGUGGAAGUAUUUCUUGUCAGAAUUUUUUGCUUGCUUAUUUUAUUACAAACCUGCUUAUUAAAUACAUUUAUAUUUAUAAUAAAAUGCCAUUUCAAUAAAACUGCAUUUAGGAAAAUGUCCUAUAGUCAUUUGUAGUAACUUUUAAGCAAAAUUGAGAUAUAUCACACCUUGACUUUUAAUACUUUUCCUCAUAUGACAGAUUUUGCUUUAAACAAAUUAGUAUACUUAUUUAUACAUACUUAUGACUGUUUAACAAUACGUUGUACAAAUAGGCUCUUAUUUAGGUUGAAAAGCACUACUCUUACUGACAAGUAGCUGACUACCUAAACAAUUUAUGUUGAUCUCAGUUUUCUGUAAUAAUCACAAUUCAGUUAAAAUUCAUCAAGAAAUGGCACCUGAUUUAUCUGGGCCAGUGAAGUAAAUGGUGGAAGAGUAUUUGGAAAAUUUGGUAGUAGAUGGCCAAGUUUUUAAGUGCAUUCCUCUGAUCUGUAAAAGGAGAUGGUUUACUUAAUAUUAUAUCCAAUUUAUAAACACUUUGCAUAUCAAAUAGUUGUCAGGAUAGAUUAAUGUUUUCCUUAUACCAAUAUUAUUUUCAUCCAUAUAUUAAAAUUUAUAUGGAAUUAAGUGUGGGGUUAUCUGUAUAUCUGGAAGUUACUGCCUAUAUCAGUUGUCCAAUCCAACACAAACCAAAGGACAGUUGUUGGAUAUUACUAUGCAUGCAUCUCAUUACCCAGUGAUUUUACAUGUGUAGGAUUAUUCAAGACAGAUUUUGUGAUAUAAAUAAUCCAACACAGCAAGCUAUGGCUCCAUGCUUAAAAUUGGAAAAUAAAAUGGUUAAUUCAGCAGUGUAAUUAUUCAUCUGUUGGAUUAAUUAUUUAAUUAACUUUAAUGAUUAAAUAUCCAUCUCUUUAAAAUAUAUUUUAAAAGAUGUUGGUAACUUGGGCUAUUCUCAAAUAAUAAUAUUUAUCUCCUAUGUGAUAUGUAAUAUACACACACAUACGUACGCUAAUCCUAAUUCUCACUUUAUCGUGCUUGCCAUCUUUUAUUUAUAUUGUUUUAUUAAUUUUCCUGCUUGAUUGUGCGACGCCCAGAGUGAUUGAAAGUUGGGCAACAUACAAAUUUAAUAUUAUAUUUACCAUCAAGCAAAAAGUAACAAUGGAAGAAAAUUUCAACACAAUUGAUUUUGGACUCAAAAUCAUAUCAUGCCAUUUGUUUCUGCCUGAGAUAGCCAUAUCAACUUUGAUGAUGCAUAAUUCUCAGCAAUAUGUUCAGUGUAUGCUUGUUAUAGAUGGAGUGUCUAGUGUGCAUGUGAAAUAUGGGAUUGUUUUAUUCUGUGGUUUGGUUGGGAAUCUGCAUCUUAAUAUUUUCAUAGAUACUAGUCUGAAUGUUGCCUGCCCUGAACAUUUCUUUGUGCAUACAGCUGAAAACAUUCACUAGGCAUUUUUCCUCUCAUGGAUGAAUAAGGAACUUAGUUAUCUUUUAUUUUACAUCUAUAGUUUAAAAUAACCGAGGCUACAGUGUAGCCUUAAUCAGGAUGAUGCCAGAAGUGAUAGAAUUCCGAACGUGAUGAUAGAAAGAAAGAAAAUGGGAAAAUACCACUAUGACCUUAAUGCUGGGCAGUGUGUCUUCAAUAAUAGACCCCUUUCCUUUUCCAGUUUCUUAUCUAAUGAGGAACUCAAAAUAAUUUAAAGAUUUGUGACUUUAAAUGCCGUAAUAUAAACCCUGUGGUGUUUUUUUUUUCUGAUGACAAAUUUAUUUUUUUUCUGUAAACUUAAAAUAUGUUUAUAUUCAAUAUUGAAUAUAUGAAAGUAACGUGAAAGUUUACUUCAAAAAAUAGGUCUUAAAAUGGAUUUUUAGUUCAAAAAAAAUCAUCUACUACAUGCUGCUGAUGAAAUGAACUCAAUUUUUCAGCAUUUUGAGACAAAAUACCCACAUUUGUAUUUUCCACACAUUCUGUUAGAAUAUUUUCAUUAUACUUCAAAUCUCACUUCUACACUGAAAACCAUAUAUUUUAUGUUGUUUGUGACUUUGCUUAUAUCACAGGAUUUUAAAAAAUAUUUAAAAGAUGUAUUUACAUUGUAAAUUUAUUCACAUUGUAAGUCAUUGUAAGUAACCACAUUUAUGCUGAUUAUUCUUUUAAAGGACUGAAAUGGGAAAAUAUUUUGUAUUCAGUUAAUUUUAAUUAACUUACCAUUUGAAUUUAAAGAUUUGUAAUGUUGACAGUUUACUGCAUUAUGUGAUAUAUUUGCAAUAAAUCACAUUCAUAAUUAUUAUCCUAGAAUUUAAAUAAUGCAACAGUGAGCAAUUAUAAUUUGUAAAUAAUUUAAUUUAUUGCAUCGCUAACAUGUCAUAAAAGAAAAUGCCA